AUGAACUCUAUGGAUGAUGCGGCAAUUGUAAAUCACGUUAUUAACAACAGAAACAACUACUACCGUAUUUUGUUUUUGGAACGCACUGCCACCAACGAGGAGAUAAAGGCAAACUACAAGAAGAUGGCCUUGAAGUGCCAUCCGGACAAGAACAAACACAAAAAUGCGAGUGACGCAUUCAAACUGCUAGGCACCGCAAACAGCGUCCUCUCAGAUCAGGCGAGGCGACGAAUUUACGAUUCCCAGGGUGCUGAAGCCGUACGGCGGCACGACAAUGGCGGGAUGGGCCACAGGGCACCUGGACACGGUGCAUAUUACAACGCUAACGACCUCUUCGAGGAGUUUUUUGGGCGUGCUCAUCGUAUGCAUACUGAGCGGCCGUUUGCACACGAAGCUGAAGUACCCGUUAAUUUACUGAUGGCGCUGCCGUUGAUCUUCUUCGUGAUUCUGGCGUUACUCAUCCAGUCGUCUCUUACUGACUUAAGUGAUUAUUCAAAUCCCCAUAUGCGCAGGGGUGGUGGCGGUGGUGAUGGCAUAGAUACCUUCAGUUUGACGCCAGACCCCGAGCGUGGACAUGUUGUGGAACGUUUAACGGCUCUGAAGGGAGCGCGGGUGAAGUAUUAUGUCAAACCGAAGUGGAACGAGCGGGCGUCGCGUGGGAGUGCUGACGUGCGUCGAAUGGAAAGGAACGUCGUGCAACAGCAGCAAGAAUCUCUGGCUCGUCGCUGUGAGGCGGAGUCGCUCUCCUACAGAGCACGCGGGCGAAAGGAAACGCCCCCGGUCUGCUCCGAAUACGAGUCUUUGCGUCAAGCCAUGCACCGUUAG